CGUUGUAACAAGGAAAAUAUAAACAAAAUGUUUUAAUUCGAUGUACGUGUGUUAUUCAAAGAUUAAGAAAAUUACGAAUAGAAGAAACUCUUCACUAAAUAAUUGAACGAAAUUUUACCAUAUAACACUUACAACCAACAUCAGAAACACUAUUAUAAACACUAACGAAACAAUGAGCAAAAACGAUGUGGAUGAGUGCGUGUCAGCACAAUGUUGUUGCAGAUUGAUAAUAAAUAAAUGCGAUGAAAAAUCUGCCCCUACAAAAGUUGUGAAACCACGAAAAGGUCGUGACGAACAUACUAAAAACUCUGAAAUGAUCUUAUGUGAUUUCUUAAAAUCACAGCCGGUGUCGGUCUUCAUAAAAGCCCUACAGGACAAUGGAUCCAAGACAAAAGACUCGAAAGACAAGCAACGUGGUACGAAUGACCCAAUUAAGGUACCAGGUCCGGUAAAUCACAUUUGUCAUCAACCGCCAACUGCCGACCGCGAAGAGAAGAAUCCUAGGCACCAUCACCAAGAUAUUAAUCAGAAACCGCAGGUCCAGUCCGAGUACGGCGUUUCGGAAGAUCGAGUUAUGUCGCAGAUCAUCAUCAACAUCGGUACGAUAAUAACCGAUAGAGUCUGCAAGCGGGACUCAUGUCAGCAGACUGAUCCGGAAAUUCAGACUACCGUCAGUCCGCCGACAAGUCAACCGACUUCUGUCUAUCCGCCGAUUAAAAAACCAACUUCUGUCUGUCCACCAGUCGAACGUCCAACUUCCAUCUGUCCACCAGCCGAAAAAGACACCUCUGUUUGUUCACCGGCCAAACGUCCGACUUCCAUCUGUCCGCCAGCAGAAAAAACCACAUCCGUCUGUUCACCGGCCAAACGUCCAACCGCUGUUAUUUCUCCCAAAGUUCGUCCACCUGUAGUUGAAUCUAUUCCGGUGGCACGAGACCGUAGUUGUCGUUACCAGGACAAAGCACCUUCCACUGGACCGAGCCUAGAACUAAAACCAGGUCUCAAGUCCGAAAUUAAGUGGAAAAUGAAUUGUUGUUGUACUUGUCAUUCAGAUGUCUGUCUACCGUAGUACAAAAAAAAAAAAUUACAGCUAAUAAAAUUUUGUAUUUAAGCAAAACAUAAUACACCAUCACAAAAGUACAAUCAAAAUUCUAAUCUGAUGUAUUGUUGUUCCAUAAGUCUUUUUGGCAAGUGAAGAAAUAUAAUAGUAUCUAAUCAAAAUUAUAAAAUAUAAGAUUUUACAGUA